AUGGAUUCAGAUUGGAAAACACAGCUUAAUAUACCUAAGAAGGAUACGCGUCCUCAGACUGACGAUGUGCUCAAUACGAAGGGUAACACAUUUGAAGACUUCUAUUUGAAGCGAGAGCUCCUGAUGGGCAUUUUUGAAGCGGGAUUCGAGAAGCCAUCGCCAAUUCAAGAGGAGGCUAUACCUAUUGCUUUGGCUGGGCGUGAUAUUCUUGCCAGAGCGAAGAACGGAACAGGUAAAACGGCGGCGUUUGUGAUUCCUACGCUAGAGCGCGUGAAACCCAAGGUAAAGAAGAUCCAGGCCCUUAUUAUGGUCCCUACGCGAGAAUUGGCGCUACAAACAUCGCAGGUGGUGCGGACUUUAGGUAAACAUUGCGGGAUAGCGUGCAUGGUAAGCACUGGGGGUACCAAUUUGCGUGACGACAUUAUGAGACUAAAUGAGCCAGUACACGUACUGGUGGGCACUCCAGGGCGCGUGCUGGAUCUCGCGUCGCGUAAAGUAGCGGAUUUGAGCGAAUGCCCGCUGUUUGUAAUGGACGAAGCGGACAAAAUGCUUUCAAGGGACUUCAAGUCUAUCAUCGAACAAAUUCUAAGUUUUCUACCCAAAAUUCAUCAAUCGUUGCUCUUCAGUGCGACCUUCCCUAUGACGGUCAAAGAGUUUAUGGUUAGGCAUUUGAACAAGCCGUACGAGAUCAAUUUGAUGGAUGAAUUGACCUUGAAAGGUAUCACGCAGUACUACGCUUUCGUCGAGGAAAGACAAAAACUGCAUUGUUUGAACACGCUUUUCUCCAAACUGCAAAUCAAUCAAGCUAUCAUAUUUUGCAAUUCCACCAAUCGUGUGGAAUUGCUUGCCAAGAAGAUCACUGAUCUAGGCUAUUCUUGCUACUACUCCCACGCAAGAAUGAAGCAAGAGGAAAGGAACAAAGUUUUUCACGAAUUUCGUCAAGGUAAAGUCCGGACGUUGGUCUGUUCCGAUCUUUUGACACGUGGUAUUGAUAUUCAAGCCGUAAACGUUGUUAUCAAUUUUGAUUUCCCUAAAACCGCCGAAACUUAUCUACAUCGUAUUGGUAGAUCCGGCAGAUUUGGACAUUUGGGUCUAGCGGUCAACUUGAUCAACUGGAAUGACCGUUUCAACCUUUACAAGAUCGAACAGGAGUUGGGCACAGAGAUCGCGGCCAUUCCCGCACAGAUCGACAAGUCUUUGUACGUUGCAGAAGAUAAUUCGGCUGUUCCCGUUCCAUUCCCGUUGGCCUCUCUACCAAAUACUACUCCUAACGUUCCAGGACAGAGCUUGCCUCCACAACAGACACAUCCUCAAUUUCAACACCCUCAGCAAUUCCAACAGCCCCAACAAUUUCAACACCCUCAGCAAUUUCAGCCACCUCAGCAGUUACAGCAGGUUUACUCACAUGCAUACCCUUCACAAGCUAUGCCUCCUCCACAACAGCACGUCGCUCAGACACCAUAUUAG